AUUGGUAUUGAAUGAAUGGGCUUUUAGGUUUUUAGUUCGACUUUGAAUAGUCGAAAAAUAGAAAUAUAAUAAAUUAUUGGUUUUUAAUUAAGAGUGGUGUGGUGUUUUGAUGAAGAACUAUAAUAGGGUUUACUAGUGCACAAAAAUGUUGGUUUUUCAAUUGGCAAUCGUAUUAUCAGUAUUGUGCUUCUUCAACACGCAUGCGCAGUCCAGCAACAGAAGACUACAAGAAGACGACCCUGAAGAUAGGCGUUUAAACAGAAGAAGAAGGCCAUGUAGAAUAGGAGGCGGAAAAUUUAAGCAUGGGGAAGGCAGAACUUUUCUGGACUGGAACUACCAAUACGUCAAUGUAAAUUACAAUCACAAUUACAAUAUCGAUUGUAGUGGUGGGGGCGGGGGAAAACCCAAUAAGGGACAUCAUGGAGGAGGAGGAGGAGGAGGAGGGUUUGGAGGAUUCCCCCAAACAGGAUAUUUUCCACCCCCGCUGCCGCCUCCAAAUCCCCCGCCGGUUCUUCCACCCCCAUAUUACUCCCCACCUCAACAAGCUCCUUAUCCCCAAAGGCCUGGCGGAGCUUUUGGAAAUAGACCUUUUGGGGGAUUAUUUGGAAGUUUGUUUCAGUCCCAGUCUCAGUCACAAGCAUCAUCUAACGAAGAUUCUGUAAGCCAAAACAGACCACCAAAUGUAGUCCAAGGCAUCAACAAUGCAGUCCAGAACGUGGGCAUGAUUGGGCAAAGCGUGGUACAAGCAGGCACAGGAAUAUUUUCCAGUUUUCCCCAGUUUGAAUGGCCAAUGUUCCAACUCCCAUCUUUCGAUCCUCCUCAGCUGCCCAGUUUGAGUGAAGGAGGGGGGAAUUUUGGCCAAGGGUUGCAAAGUUUUUUUCAGGGUUUUGGAGAUUUGUUUAAUAGACCUGCAUCUGCAUCCAGUCCCGCUUCUACAGGUUCGCCAUCGAGCCCCCCGGUGGCGUCCCCCUCCGCCCCGACGCCUGUCCCCCCAACCGACCCCGACGACGUCAUUUUCAAUGACGAAAAACCGGUCAACGAACCCUACGAUCCUGUUCAACCGGACGCUUAUAGCAAUUUGAAACCUGGAGUUAUUUAUAAUAAACUGCCCAACUACCAGAAUCGCUACGAGGCUCAAAAACAAUACAACAGCAAAUAUGCUCAGAACGACAAAUUUUUGAGCCCCGAGUCCAGAUCGGGAUCCAGAUCACUUAGGUUUCCAGAGUAAAAAAUACAGUUUUGAAUAUAAUUUCUAUUUUUUUUUAUAAAUAUAUAUUAAUA